CAAUACACAAAAAUCUCCAUUUAUUUGCACACGUUUCAAAACAUGAAGAUGCAGUGGAUAAAUUUUCAAAGGUUCUUUGGAAAAGUGAAAAGACUUUAUUCGUUAAAUAAUUGUCAGUUUAGCAGCGAUGCUUUUGUUUAUGGGCAUGAUGUAGCAAUGGCAAAAAAAAAUGGUGUACCAAUUGUGGCCCUAGAGUCCACGAUCAUCACUCAUGGAAUGCCCUAUCCUGAUAACUUAAAGACAGCUAUUAAAGUUGAAAAUGCUGUUAGAUCAAAAGGUGCUGUACCUGCUACUAUAGCAAUUUUAAACGGGCAGGUACAUGUUGGUUUAAAUCAAGAACAAUUGGAAACUUUGGCUAACACACAAGUUGCAAAGACUAUUAAGUGUUCGCACAGAGACAUAUCGUCAAUCGUGUCUCAAAAUUUAAACGGCGGUACAACUGUUAGCGCAACUAUGUUAUUAGCACAUUUAUCAGGCAUUCCAAUAAUGGCAACAGGAGGUAUCGGUGGUGUACAUCGUGGAGCAGAAUCAACAUUCGAUAUUAGUACCGAUUUAAUAGAACUCGGACGUACUCCUGUAGCUGUUGUCUGCUCUGGCGUUAAAUCUAUUUUAGACAUUGAAAAAACAUUAGAACAUCUAGAAACUCAAGGAGUUCCUGUAAUAAAAAUUGGCAAAACGAAUCAUUUUCCAGCAUUUUAUUGUACCGAAACAUUUAAUAAAAUAGAAACGCCACAUAAAGUUUCUAGUUCAAAAGAAGCAGCAAACAUCCUGAAGUAUCAAAUAAAAUUAGGUCUUCGAACAGGACUGCUAUUUGCAGUUCCCAUUCCUAAAACGUAUGCAUUGGAUCCAAAAGAAAUGGAAUUAGCAAUAUGCAAAGCUUUAGAAAGUGCAAAAUGUAAAGAUAUAACUGGAAAGAAUGUAACUCCAUUUUUGUUAGAGGAAUUGAACAAAAUCACGAAAGGUCAAUCUCUUCAAGCCAACGCGGCGCUCGUAGAAAAUAAUGCGAACGUGGCAGCAGAAAUUGCAGUAAAUCUCGUUGAAAGGUAUCAAAGUGUUUCCAACAGUGCUGCAACAAAAUGCUUUUUAUCACCUGAACGUAACCCGGUUGUGAUUGGCGGGGCUGUGAUGGAUACCACUCUACAGGUGAAGGAGUCUGAGAUGAAAGACGAUGGUAGAACGCAUGCCGGUAGAAGUCGUGAAAAUUGCGGCGGUGUCGGACGAAAUAUCGCCAACGCCUUGGUUAACCUCGGUCUGAACACCACACGAUUAAUAUCCGUCGUCGGUGACGACCGGCCUGGGGAAGCUAUAAUUAAAAAUCUAGGAGAUGGUGGCCAGACCGUCGAGCGGUUAUCGAACACGAGUACGGCUAGAUAUACCGCAAUAAUCGACUAUAAAGGUGAAUGCCGUUUUGGAAUCGGCGAGAUGGACCUCUUUGCCAGCAUUAGCCCGAAUUUGAUAAAGAAAUACCAAUCGUACGUAGAAAACGCCAGCUUCAUUGUUCUCGAUGGAAAUCCACCCCUGGACACGAUUAAAUACGUCCUAGACCUUGCAAUAUACUCGAAAAUUCCAGUUUGGUACGAACCUACAGAUGUAAAGAAGGCAACGAAAAUAUUUGAAGCAAAAGCACAGUGGCAAAAUGUCCUGCAUUUUAUAUCUCCAAACAGAAACGAGUUAAAAAUCAUAGGAAAAUAUUUUGGAGUACACGUGCCUGAAAAUAAAUUGAUCAUGGACUUGGAAGAAGUAAAAACAAUCGCGGAACAAGUGGCCGAAUUUGUUCCAGUAGUUGUAACUACGUUAGGAUCACAGGGAGUAUUGGUUGCUCGCAAAGCUUUAGGAAGUAAUCCUUUUUACGACACAAAGGGUAACUUAGUUGAAAACACUAUGAUUACAUCCCGUUUGUAUCCGCCAUUGUCUUACAUCUCCGAAGACUCGAACGAAACAUUUAAUGUAAGCGGCUGCGGAGACUGCCUUACCGCCGGAAUAAUUUAUGGGAUUCAUAAAAAUCUAUAUGAAACUAAUUGUCUUUCUUUAGCCUUAAAGGCUGCUGCACUUUCUUUAACAUCAUUAGAUGCAGUCCCUGCUUCACUUUCAUUAAUAAGCAAUAAUAUAAAAUGAU